AUGCGGAACAGAUGGGUCUCGGAUGCCCCAUUCACGCUCAACGGAACGAACAUAUCCAAAUGCACCAGCUACAUUUAUCUGGGUCGGGGAAUGCUGAAAUGUGCUCACCUCUUUAAUACCACCGUCAUUCCUGCUUUCACCUAUGCUUCGGAAAUCUGGGCAUUUCUCAAGCCAAAAGAAAACGCGAUGAGCGUCAUUGAACGCGAAAUUGAAAGAGUGAUGCUAGGAGUAUCUGGCUUCACGCAAGUGAGGGACGGAAUUCGAAGUUCUCUCCUACGUCAGCGAUCGAAGAAUGGAGACACCGUUGCGUUUCCCAAGGAAAAAAAUGAGGUGGGCUGGACACGUCAUGUCCACCGCUUCAACGACAACCGGUGGACAAAGGCCACGACCCACUGGGUUCCACACGAUAUCAAGACCAGUGCAGCAAGAACGUCAACGCUUUGGUCAGACAUCUUCACAAAGUUCUUAAGAGAAAAACUCGAUGCUCUUCAUGUCCGAUGCAAAAGGAAAAACUACUAA